AGCAGAGAUAUUUUCACAUCUCUGCAGAGGAGCGUGGAAGAACCGACUUCACAGUCGAUCCUUUUUCAUUCCUGUCCAAAUCUCUAAGUAGUGCUAUUUUCAUUCUUUCCAAACGUAAUGCUUGCAAAGAGCUCCAUGUAAGCGACGAUGCGGAACAGUGAUUGAUCAGCAUCCACCUGAAGACCGCAGUCAACUGCAGGCGUUGGCACGAUGACUAUGCUGACGUUGUACCGCACGUCAAAGAUCGGCGAUUGCCUUGCUGAAGCUCUCGAUGAGAUGAUCACGCAAGAUAAGAUUCCAGGAGACUUGGGCAUGAAAGUCAUGGCAGAGUUUGACUCGGCGAUCUACAAGGCUCUGGAGAAGGACGUCACCACAAAGACCUUAUUCAAGGGGCACUUGGACAGCUACCGCUAUUGUGACCAGGUGUGGACCAUGGUCAUGUCAGACACCAAUUUCCGGAUGGAAACCACUGGUCCUGGAGGCAGCUCAAGAUCCAGCGAAGUCAAGGCUGACAAGAUCAAGCUGGUCUGUGUGGACGAGCGGUUGUGGCAGCAGCAGCCGCAACAGUGAGCAUGUGGGGCCAUAACCCAUCUGUAGAUCAAUGUGGAUCAGUUUGAUAGCGGAAUGUUCGCAAGCUUUCGGCUUGGGAUCCUAUGUGGUCCCAUUAUGGGCCCCAGGCCAUUCAGUAAGACAGUUAGGAGAUGUGAGAGGCGGAAUUAAGGGCGCAUAGUUGACAAUAAGCGUCGUUGCUUAAGAAGUACCAGAGGCAAUUGCUUGCAAGUUGGAGAUGCGAUAUUGUAUGACAUAUAAUACAUUGAAGAGUGAGCAACAUGAGAGGAAACAGCUUGGUAGCUUAUAGCCACAAAUAACUAGAUGCUCAUGCAGAAAUGUUGCACGAACUGGCAUCCUGAGUACCAUAGUGGCAUGUACUGUGCUGUCCAUCAGCCAACUAAGAGUCGGCUAUUUACUUGGCUGAUUGCCAUUUUGUUGAAUAUGCAUAAAAUGCAAUUCUGGCAAUCUUGCCUGCAAUCUUUCUUGAAUAUGAUUUUUGGAUAGCCUGAAGGACAGCCGAGCUCAAUGUUAUCGUUAGCACCUUUUCACUGCAAUAUUGUACACACGUACGUCGC